AUGUCGAAACUAACUUGGAAUACACAAAGUGAACGUGACGAGUUGUAUGGCAAAUUUGUCAAGGCUAUACAUGAGGUUCAACAGAAGAGCAACUUCAAAAACUUGCUUCUUGAGAAGAAACUGACAGCUCUGGCUGAUACACUUGAGAAAAAGGAAGCGCAGCUGAACGAAGUGUUGUCAGCAUCCAACUUGGAUCCUACUGCAUUGACUGUUGUAACCAGAAAACUUGAGGAUGUUUUAGACUCAAAGAACAGUGCCAUUAAAGACUUACAGUACGAAUUGGCACGUGUUUGCAAGGCUCAUAAUGAUCUCAUCCGAACAUACGAAGCAAAGCUCCAAUCAUUUGGUGUACCGACCGAAGAACUCGGGUUCAAGCCCCUUGAGAGCAACGUCGGAGGACAACAACUCGGCCGAGGCCCGGCGGGUCUUGUUGCGGCACCAACCUAACCUGAUAGAACGCUUUUCUUCCACUGUGUACAUGUUAAUUUCUGAGACCAUUUCAUUUUAGCUCCGACACAUGAAUAACAAUUUGUAAAUAGAAUUCUAGCCACGUAAGUAGAGUCUUCAAGAGAACUGUCUUACUUAUUCAUAUUUUUAUCGUGUGCAUUUCCUUCAAUGGCGUUUCGCACGGAAAAACUCAUUUUAUACGUUUUCUUGGAAUAUUUUUGUUUUGGUUUUUUCAUCUAAGUUCUUUGAUGUACAGUGCUUGUGUUCCUGAAAAUGCUGUCAUAGCAGUUUUCAUAGCCGUUUUCACUUUAAUCUCGAUCUAUUUAGCAUAUUGUCUUGUUGAGAAUUUGGUGAAUUUUCUCUGUAUAAAUAAACUGUUAUCAUUCGUCCAAGCGACUGAACCAUCAGUUGAGAAAGAUUCAUUUUCUAAGUGUACUCCUGUAUCAACAAACUGAAUUAAGCGUACUGCAAAAAUUAUGGCGAAAGUUGUAAACUUGGAAGAAAUUCUAAUUAAAAAUAUUGAUGAAUA